GGCCUGUUCUCAUCGUUGUCAUUGUUGCUGUUGUCGUUGCACUUUGGGCUGGCUUUCGUAAGACUGGUUGGUUGGAAGGUGUAUCGAGCUCUGGGACGGGUCCUUGCAACAGGCAAGGCUCUCGUCCUUGAGACCUUUGGGUCUUCUAAGCUGUUCUUCCAUACAUUGUGCCGUUAUGAUAUCAUGAUGCUGGAUACGAGGUCAGACUUGUAUAUUUGAGCCGUGCAAGUGAUCGAGGACUCGGUUAUAAGUCCCUUAGUGGCGCUGGUUCUGUAUAGUCGCGUCCUAGUGUUUUUCUCUACUGUCGACCUUGCUAUAAUCUUUGUCCGUCCGAUCACGAAACACAUGUCAGCAGUGUAGCCUCGUGUUGGAGGAGUCCGACUUCCCACAUAGCAAGGGGACGGGACGGGAUGUGUUGAAUGUCAACCCCCCACCCGCCCAAACGUUUUGUCCUUCGUCGUUCCCAGGUGUCCACAAUGAACGAUGCCUGCUUCCACGUCUGGCCUGGGUUGGUUUGUCAAUGGAGGUAUGUUUGUGUGUUGAAGCGGGAGCUUGUUUAUGAUGUGCACAAAAUUGCAAGUAUUAAUCUAGCCAUGUACCAUGAGCCCGGUAUUGCCAAAGCAUAUUUAAAACUCCAGAUCGAUAAGUGCCAAAUACCGAGCCUCGCUCUCCAUCUUCCCCUCACUACAAAUCAGUGCUUUGAAGGUACAUGGUCGAUAUACGAGAAACAGAGAAGAGACUGCUGGUCCGGUGCUUGUUGGCACAGAUGGGUUGUUUCUCAGGGGGUGGGGGCAACAGGCAUUAUUCUCCAUUAUGUAGGUAACCUAUAUAAAUCCCUCGGAUGCAUGGCGAAUGCGACAGCGAUAGUGAACGAAAGCGAUGGAAGCUGCUGAGCCCUUCCGUUCUUAUCCGGGAACUCUAGUGUUAUGUACAGACAU